AUACGCUCUAGUGUUACUGUGGUGACGAGUGGACGCUACGCGUUAAUCGAUGUUAUCACAGGAAAUAAACACAUUUACAGUUUUAUUCGCUUACUAAACAUCUGACAGUACGAGUUGAGCAUGGCGUCAAUGUUAGACGCUCUGUGGGAGGACAGAGACGUGAGGUUUGACAUCACUGUACAGCAGAUGAAAACUAGACCAGGUGAAGUGCUCAUCGACUGCCUGGAUUCAAUUGAGGACACAAAGGGAAAUAAUGGGGAUAGAGGAAGACUACUGGUGACCAAUUUAAGAAUGAUCUGGCAUUCAUUGGCACUGCCAAGAGUCAACUUGUCAGUGGGAUACAACUGUGUAAUUAAUAUCACCACACGGACCGCAAAUUCGAAACUGCGAGGUCAGACUGAGGCGCUUUACAUAUUGACCAAAUCUAAUAACACUAGAUUUGAGUUCAUCUUUACGAAUGUGGUUCCAGGAAGUCCGAGACUGUUUACGUCGGUCAUUGCUGUUCACAGGGCUUAUGAGACCUCCAAAAUGUAUCGGGAUCUCAAGCUAAGAGGAGCUCUCAUUCAAAAUAAACAGCUGAGACUUUUGCCACAGGAGCAAGUUUAUGACAGAAUUAAUGGAGUCUGGAACUUAUCCAGUGAUCAGGGUAAUCUUGGAACUUUUUUCAUUACUAAUGUGAGGAUUGUAUGGCAUGCCAACAUGAAUGAGAGCUUCAACGUCAGCAUUCCCUAUCUGCAAAUUCGUUCCAUAAGGAUCAGAGAUUCUAAAUUUGGACUUGCUCUUGUCAUUGAGAGUUCUCAGCAAACUGGAGGAUAUGUGCUGGGAUUCAAGAUCGAUCCAAUGGACAAGUUACAAGAUGCAGUGAAGGAAAUCAAUUCUUUACACAAAGUGUACUCAGCAAAUCCUAUUUUCGGUGUGGAAUUUGAGAUGGAAGAAAAGCCUCAGCCUCUGGAGGAGCUUACUGUAGAGCAGCCCCCUGAUGAUGUGGAGAUUGAGCCUGAUGAACACACGGAUGCCUUUACUGCUUACUUUGCAGAUGGAAAUAAGCAACACGAUCGUGAGCCAGUAUUUUCUGAAGAACUGGGUCUGGCUAUAGAGAAACUGAAGGAUGGAUUCACGCUACAGGCACUCUGGGAGGUCAUGGGUUAAUAUGCUGAAAUGAUGAUAAUGAUUGACCAUUAGAUUACUGCACAGUAAAUGUUUACAAACAGUUAUGUAUUUUGCAGUUACAUUGUAUGAUUGUUUACAUUCAAAAUGACGGCUUUGCUCAACAGUGAAAUGAUGAAACUGCUAUCCUAUCUGUUUUUAUUUAAUAACCGAUAAUAAGAUGCAUUUACAUUUGAUGAACCUAGUGUAGGUUUAAGAAAUGUACUGUAAAUGUAUAGAUAGAAAUAUAGGUGUAAUAUUUAUACUUACACUACCGUUCAAAAGUUUGGGGUCACUUGCCUGAAAUGUUUCUGAUGAUCUUAAAAAUCUAUUGAUCUGAAGGUGUAUUAAAUAUUUGAUAUUAUUUUUGUAGACAAAAAUAUAAUUGUGCCACCAUAUUAAUUUAUUUCAUAAAAAAACUAAAAUGUAAUAAAAAAUAACAUAAGUUUUUGAAAUUGAUGACUUGGACCAAAUAAUAAUAAAAGCAACCAAUAAGUGCCCAACAUAGAUGGGAACUCCUUCAAUACUGUUUAAAAAGCAUCCCAGGGUGAUUCCUCAAGAAGUUGGUUGAGAAAAUGUCAAAAGUUCAUGUCUGCAAAUUCUAGGCAAACUACUGACUACUUUAAACAUGCCAAAUAUAACACAGUUUUGAUCUAUUUUGGAUUUUGUUUAGUCACAACAUAAUUCCCAUAAUUCCAUUUUUUAUUAUUCCAUAGUUGUGAUGACUUUACUAUUAUUCUAAAAUGUGAAAAAAAGUGACCCAAAAACAUUUGAAUGGUAGUUUAUGUAAUAAAAGGAUAAAAUAAUUACAAAACAUACUUUAGAAACAUGCUAAUUUUGCUAUUGUGUUGUAAUAAAGGUAUAUGAGAAA